UGAAUGCAACCAACUCCCCCCUCCAAAAUUCUUGACCAAGCUCCUUUCUCUUUAAGAACAAUAAUUGAACUCUACAGCCAAAAGAUACACACACCUCCCCCCUCCCCACCAUUAUAAGCUCAGCACCUAGGCACCAGCUAUUUUUAAUUUCCCUCUCUGAACUUGAAAAAAUCUGAAAUUGGAAACACAACAUGCUCAUGCCUAGACUGAUCCAGAAGCUCACACUACUUUUUACCUUACUCUUCCUUUUUCUCUCCUUAACCACCAAUGCCGCCGCCGCCACUACCAUCACUCAACAAUUCAAAGAAGCCCCUCAAUUUUACAACUCUCCUGAUUGCCCUUCAAUUGAUCAGGAUGAAAUAGACUCCGAAGCAGAACCAGAUGGUGAAAACACCAUCUUCUGCUCCGAGCACGCAGUCCAUGUGGCAAUGACAUUAGACGCAGCCUACAUCCGUGGGUCCAUGGCUGCAAUUCUCUCUGUUUUGCAACACACCUCCUGUCCCCAAAACAUAGCUUUCCAUUUCGUCGCCUCUGCCUCUGCCUCCGCUAACGCUUCUCUCUUACGCGCCACCAUCUCAUCCUCCUUCCCUUACCUCAAAUUCAGGGUCUACACUUUCGACGAUUCAUCAGUGUCGGGACUCAUCUCCACAUCAAUCCGCUCAGCUCUGGAUUGCCCUCUGAAUUACGCUCGCAGCUACUUAGCCAAUAUCCUACCUCUGUGCGUCCGACGAGUUGUAUACCUUGACUCUGAUCUGGUUCUCGUCGAUGACAUUGCCAAACUAGCGGCUACUCCACUUGGAGAAAAAUCUGUCCUUGCAGCACCCGAAUACUGCAAUGCAAAUUUUACAUCAUAUUUCACUCCGACUUUCUGGUCCAAUCCUUCUCUAUCGCUAACAUUUGCGGAUAGAAGACCUUGUUACUUCAAUACUGGUGUUAUGGUAAUCGAUCUUGAUCGAUGGAGAGAAGGAGAUUAUACGACAAAGAUUGAGGAGUGGAUGGAACUACAGAAGAGAAUGAGAAUUUACGAGUUGGGUUCAUUGCCACCAUUCCUGCUAGUUUUUGCAGGCGAUAUAGUGCCGGUUGAUCAUAAGUGGAAUCAACAUGGACUUGGUGGGGAUAAUUUCAGAGGGCUCUGUAGAGAUUUGCAUCCUGGUCCUGUUAGUCUCUUGCAUUGGAGUGGAAAAGGGAAGCCAUGGGCUAGACUUGACGCGAAUCGGCCAUGUCCUUUGGAUGCUCUCUGGGCUCCUUAUGAUCUCUUGCAGACUCCAUUUGCCUUGGAUUCUUAAAGAGAUAAUAAAAGACAGCGAUUCGCUUCCUUGUUUCUACAGCUAUGCUCUCAUCGAAUUCGAAGAUGCCGGUCCCGAGAGAGAUCUUGGAAGAGUUUUAAGAGACAAACAAAAACCCAAGUCCGUC